AUGACACAGACAUUAGCAUCCGUUUCUAUAGUCUUGUUGCUAUGGGCGCUGCUACCAAGCAGUCAUGCGUCAAGUUUUCAAGGAGAACUCUUUUCAUCUGCUUACUAUCACUGGUUUUAUCGCCGGUAUCGAGGUGGAGCUUGGAUAGCUCAUCAAGAACGACACGAGUGUUUUGGACACUCCACAAUGUGUACAUUUGUAUCACGAAAUGACAUGACGAAAUUGUCGGUUAAUACGACAAUUGUUCAGCAUCUAGACACAGUUGAAGUGACUUUUGCAAUCAAGGAUAUCGAGAUUGAUGAUCUCGUGGCAGUUUAUCUUGUCGAUUCUGAGAAAGUUACAAAGUUCGAAGGAGACCCUCUUUCGGAUUUUAUUGACUACGUCUAUGCCAAUGAAAGUCGCACUAUUCAUUCGGGAGUCUUUUCGAUUGUAUUUGGACCUUUGGUAAAUAUGCGAGCGUCUUAUCAAUUUAAAUAUCUUCGAAAGCUCGAGUCUGUUGAAUAUAAUGAAGAUGGCCAAGAGCGACCACGAUUUGCAGUCGUGGGUGAUUCUCCUUUUAUUGAGAUGGAACGAGGUCAUACUGAACCAUUACAAAUUCGAUUAGCAUUGACCGAAAAUAAGGGAGAAUUGCGUGUUACGUGGGUUAGUGGACAAACCGCUGGUCCUUAUGUAAAGUUUAAACUAGCAUCAGGACAAUUGUUAGAAAGUCGAGCAAAUGCAACAUUUGGAUCGUAUGAUGCUCAAGAUCUGUGCGAACCUUCUGCUACGAAUCGUUCUUCUGUUUAUUUUCGACACCCAGGGUAUCUUUAUGAUGCUGUGAUGACUGAUUUAAUCCCUGGUAGGAAGUACGUUUAUCGAGUAGGUAGUGACACAGGAGUAUUAAGUCCAGAGAUUGAGUUUAUCUUUCCUACAGCGCUUCAAGAUUACGAUGCGGACAAGCAGCAAAGACCACAAAGUUUCUUUGUCUUUGGAGACCUUGGCACUAGCGUGCUAGAUGAACCAGUCGACGAGCUUGAUAUCGAUCAAAGCCCAGAACGCCAUUUCACUGGACUAAACAUGGUGUCGAGACCUGCAAAAUGGAGUGACGAGCGUUCUGUGAUGGAGCGAAUUUGUCAGGAUCUUGAUGAAUCGCUACAAGAUGAUGCAAGAAUUGAUUCCCCCGAAUACGCGGCGCUGGUACAUGUGGGCGACAUUUCGUAUGCCAAGGGCAAGACGUACAUCUGGGACCAAUAUGGUGCAAUUGUACAGUCUGUGGCUUCACGACUGCCGUAUAUGGUAGGAGUUGGAAAUCACGAGUAUGACUAUAUAGAGAAUGGUGAAGGUCAUGAUUUGUCCGGAGAAGAGGCUGCGCUUUCGAAUGGAUGGCAUCCAAAAAAUGGGAACUUUAAAACUGAUUCCAAUGGAGAAUGUGGCGUUCCUUUUGCUCGUCGCUUUCACAUGCCUCAAGCAACGAAUGAGGGCGCGAAUCCUCCAUUCUGGUACAGCUUUCAAGUAGGAUUGACCCAUCACAUCGUUUUAAGUAGCGAACAUCGCUGCACAAGUGGCUCAUCCAUGCGAAAGUGGCUCGAAAGAGAACUGGAACAAUAUGUUGACCGUAAUGUAACACCAUGGCUGAUUGUACAUCUUCAUCGUCCACUUUACUGCUCAGAGAUGUACGAAGCGGAUAACAAUGUAGCUAAGAUAUUACGUGAUUGCUUUGAAGAUCUCUUCGCUACAAACAAUGUGGACUUUGUCUUUUCUGGACAUUACCACGCUUAUGAACGAACGUUUCCAGUAUAUCAUGGUAUUUGUCAAGAACAUGAUCAAAAGGCACAAGCUCCCAUUCACAUUAUGAUUGGUUCAGGAGGGGCAGAACUUGACGAUAUUUCAUAUUUUCAGUCCUUUUGGAGUCGGUCGCGACAACAAGAAUAUGGAUAUGGACGACUUCACAUUUACAAUGCGUCGCAUGCGCGCUUUGAGUUCGUACGUGCUCGUGAUCGUGUAGUGACCGAUGCCAUUGUUGUCAUAUCAAAUCACAUGAAUGCCUUCGAGCAAGAGAAUUAG